AAGCCCUCAAGAGACCUCGAGUUUAAUCAAAAUCUAGGUCUCUUGACUUCUCCUUUUGGUGAGAGAAUCUAUAACUACGCUCGUAGAGAGUGAUUCGAAACACAUACGACCACUGGACUACAAGAUAUCGCAAUGUCUCUCAAUGGAAAGAUCGCCAUAGUGACGGGAGGGGCUCGAGGAAUCGGUGCUGGCAUAGUUCGGGCUCUUGCUAAACAAGGUGCAAGUGUUGCAUUCAGUUAUGUCUCUCCUUCCUCCGAAGCUGUUGCCCUCAAACUGGUCGAAGAAGUGAAGGGGCUCGGGGUUCGAGUGACGUGCAUCCGCGCCGAUAUGGCAUCUCUUGAGGCUCCCUCUCUUCUUCUGAAAGACGCUUUUCAAGAAUUCCAAACCGACAAGAUCGAUAUUCUGGUGAACAACGCGGGUGUCGGAGGAAACGCACCACUCGAAGAAGUCACGAUUGAAGAUUAUGAUCGGCUGAUGACAGUCAACGUUAGAGCAGUCAUCUUCAUGACUCAAAGCGUCUUACCUCACAUCAACCGCGGUGGUCGUAUUGUCAACCUGUCUUCCAUAUCUGCACGUGGUGGCUACCCAACUCAAUCCGUAUAUGCCGCAUCCAAAGCUGCUGUCGAAGGUCUUACACGGGUCUGGGCCACAGAGUUGGGCCACAAAUACGGGGUAACGGUGAAUUCAGUCAACCCCGGCCCUGUUGACACCGAUAUGUACCGUGCUGCCGGAUCCGUGCAUCUUACGAGGAUGGAAGAACAGAAUAAGAAGGUUCCAGCUGAACCCCGAUGCGGAACGGAGGAGGAUGUGGCAGAUAUUAUUGUGUUCUUGUGCGAAGAAAGAUCGCGCUGGGUGACUGGAGACACGAUCUGCGCGAACGGAGGUAUGGUUUAUACAUAAAAGAAGAAAAGUUGUGUAUUGUAUAACCUUCGCGGAGUCGGCGGUUCUCCCAUGUUAAAAUACUCAACAAUACGUAACUUCAAUCAAUAGAGAUCUCGAAUGGG